AUGUGUGCAUCACGUAUCCUGCACAGCAAAACACUGAAGUGGAAGAAGCUGCUAAUUUCAGGUGGUCCUGGUUCCCAAAAAGGAUUGGUGAUCGAAGAGUUGAUACAUCGAUUCGGCUUUAUGGCAAUCACCGUCGAAGAGAUCAUUUUCAGUUAUUUACCUAGCAAAGUUGCCAAUACUGUUGAGACGACGGCCGAAAUUCAAAAAAUGCUCAAGGGAGAUACGGGUACGCUGUCAGUUGACUGGAUUUUUUCAAUGAUCGGCGCCAAAAUUGGUACAUCGUCACAUCAGCGAUUUGUUGUCGAUAUUGUGCCGUCGAUAAAUUCAAUAUCCAGAGCGGAUAGCUUUGUUGAUUCAAAUCACGAGAGGUGUCUGGAGAGCUUCGAGCGACGGUAUCCGAUAAUGUUCGCUUUGGAGUUGGACGUUUCGGAUGAAGUUGCGAUGAUGGAUCGCAAUGGCAGCAUGCCCACCAAAAAUGAGAAGGAGGCUAUGAAGAAUGGCAAUACCAUAAAUAGCUCCUAUGGCAAGGACAUCGACGCAGCAGACAGAGGAAAGCUGGAGAAACGGAUCCAGCAACACCAUCUCAUUGCACGGCCGUUUCUGCGAUACUUCUCAAACUCCAAGAGGAUGGUUCGGAUAACCGUCCCCGAGGCAGCGACGAACGUCGUUUCCACCGUAGCUUCAAUACUGGUCGACUUCGGCUUCACUGAGCAACGACAACCGGGACGAGUUAUCGUGUUUGGCACGGAUGAUGAGGCGUUCGAAGACAUCGACUUUGACUACUACAAAAUGCGGAAGAUCCGACUGAGCGACAUCGUCAAAGAAGCGCAAUGCGGUGAUCAAGUAUACGCGCUCUAUCGCCACAUAGAGAAAAUUGCAGCACCAGGUGACAACUUUGCUGUCGUGAUGGACACCAUGAACAACACAGAAAUCGAUGUUGGACUGCUGUUCAAACGCGAUCGUAUGGUGGCACCACGUGUUUUAGCUUAA